AUGGGCCUGCUCAGGGGCCUCCUCGGCGCCAGGAACCUGCUGCUCGUCAUCUUCGUGCCGCUGCUGCUGCUGCCACUGCCGGUGCUCCACCCCAGCAGCGAGGCUGCAUGCGCUUACGUGCUGAUCGUGACCGCCGUGUACUGGGUGUCUGAGGCGGUGCCUCUCGGAGCGGCAGCCCUGGUGCCCGCCUUCCUCUACCCGUUCUUCGGAGUCCUCCGAUCCAGCGAGGUGGCCGCUGAGUACUUCAAGAACACCACGCUGCUGCUGGUGGGCGUCAUCUGCGUGGCGGCUGCCGUGGAGAAGUGGAACCUGCACAAGCGCAUCGCUCUGCGCAUGGUCCUGAUGGCCGGAGCCAAGCCGGGCAUGCUGCUGCUCUGCUUCAUGUGCUGCACCACAAUGCUCUCCAUGUGGCUCUCCAACACGUCCACCACCGCCAUGGUGAUGCCCAUCGUGGAGGCCGUGCUGCAGGAGCUGGUCAGUGCCGAGGAGGAGCAGCUCGUGGCUGGCAACUCCGGCGCCGAAGAGGCCGAGCCCAUCAGUCUUGAUGUAAACAACAGCCCACCCUCUCUGGAACUCAUCUUUGUCAAUGAAGACCCGUCGACUGCAGACUUUGCCUCUCUGAUGCAGAACAAGAACCUGAAUGGUGUGCCCACAGUCACCAACCCAGUCAAAACAGCAAAUCCCCAGGGCAAGAAGCAGCACCGAUCCCAGGAAAAGCCACUAGUCCUGAUCCCCGGCCCCAGGAACCAGGAGCUCAACAGAAAGUACAAGUCCCAGCAUGACCAGAUGAUCUGCAAGUGCCUGUCUCUGAGCAUAUCUUAUGCUGCUACCAUUGGGGGCCUGACCACCAUCAUUGGCACGUCCACCAGCCUCAUUUUCUUGGAACACUUCAACAACCAGUAUCCAGCUGCAGAGGUGGUCAACUUUGGCACCUGGUUCCUCUUCAGCUUUCCCAUCUCCCUCAUCAUGCUGGUGGUCAGCUGGUUCUGGAUGCACUGGCUGUUCCUGGGCUGCAACUUUAGAGAGACCUGCUCUCUAAGCAAGAAGAAGAAGACCAAAAGGGAAGAGCUGUCAGAGAAGAGAAUCCAAGAGGAAUAUGAAAAGCUGGGAGCCAUUAGCUACCCUGAAAUGGUAACUGGAUUUUUCUUCAUCCUGAUGACCGUGCUGUGGUUUACCCGGGAGCCUGGCUUUGUUCCUGGCUGGGAUUCUUUCUUUGAGAAGAAGGGCUACCGCACCGAUGCCACGGUCUCUGUUUUCCUCGGCUUCCUCCUCUUCCUGAUUCCAGCAAAGAAGCCUUGCUUUGGGAAGAAGAGUGAUGGGCAGAGCCAGGAGCCCUCCCUGGGGACAGAGCCCAUCAUCACAUGGAAGGACUUCCAGAAGACCAUGCCCUGGGAGAUUGUCAUUCUGGUGGGAGGAGGCUAUGCUCUGGCCUCUGGCAGCAAGAGCUCUGGCCUCUCCACGUGGAUUGGACACCAGAUGUUGUCUCUGAGUGGCCUCCCACCGUGGGCUGUCACCCUGUUGGCAUGCAUCCUGGUGUCCAUUGUCACAGAGUUUGUGAGCAACCCAGCCACCAUCACCAUCUUCCUGCCCAUCCUAUGCAGCCUGUCUGAAACGCUGCACAUUAAUCCACUCUACACUCUGAUCCCAGUCACCAUGUGCAUCUCCUUUGCAGUGAUGCUGCCUGUGGGCAAUCCCCCCAACGCCAUCGUCUUCAGCUAUGGGCAUUGCCAAAUCAAAGAUAUGGUGAAAGCUGGCCUAGGGGUCAAUGUCAUUGGCCUAGUAAUCGUGAUGGUGGCCAUCAACACAUGGGGAGUUAGCCUCUUCCACUUGGACACUUUUCCAGCCUGGGUAAGGGUCAGUAAUAUCACUGACCAGGCCUAACACAAGUGGGCAAACGGCCCGAGCGAAGGAGCUGCCAAGCAUCUAAGAGGCUGACCAACAGGCCGAGAGCCGCCAGGACGAGCGACCAACUGACACCAGAAGAUCCUGGAAGAUCCUGCUGUCCACCGCCUCAAGUGCAGCAAGCCUCCGACAACCUGAACACAUGCUUGGAUGUUAGUGCCCUCUUCCCUGCCCUCCGUCCUUAGCACCACCCACGUUAGUACCUGUUUUUGCCA